AUGAGGGAGCAGGCGGACGGCAACAACAACAUCACCAUCAUGCUGGUCGGAAACAAAUCAGAUUUAGGUCAGAGGCGAGCAGUUCGCCAAGGAGAACGGCCUCGCCUUCAUGGAGACCUCGGCCAGGACCCGGCACAACGUGGAGGAGGCAUUCCUUCAGAGCUCGUCCAUGGUGUACGAGAAGAUCCAGGAAGGCGCCAUCGAUCUCUCCAAGGUGGUGGUGUCACGCCCGGAGUUGAUGAAGUAUGCAACCUUGACAGGGACACGCUGCCGUCUGGAGCCUACGGCUGCUGCAGCAGCUGA